AUGGUGGGGAGGUGGCGUGGGGAUUUGCUGGAGAAAAAACUCGACGCAUGGGGCCUAGAGGGAUGGCCGGGGCGGAGGAGGACCGGCAAUGGGGAGUGGUACCUGGGAGGGCGGGACGGCGAGGCCGCGGGGGCCGACGGCGAGGCCAGCGCCAUUCCCCAACAAAUUGGCAUCACGCAUAUUCUUGCUGGCCUCCUACGGCUACAAGAGCUUCCGCCGUCGCAACCCCCGGAAGCCCGGACCAACGUUGCUGGAAGCUGUUGCCUCGACAAGCGCACGGGCGCGGCCAUCUCGGCGCCGGCAGGACAAGUUCGAUCGCCUCCGCCGUCGGCGGCCUGGCUUUCCCCGACGUCCCGGCCGGGCGGAGCAGUGUUAGAGGAGGCCCUCCACUGGGCCUCGAACCUGCCACCCAGACUUCCUUCGCCGUCCUCGAAGGUCUCGGCCAGUUCGUGCGGGGCCUGGAGUACGCGGCGGAGGUGGGACCCGAACAUGUCGGCGGCGCUGCCGGACGGCGAGGUCUUCUACCUGGUGGCGCUGCUGCAGUUCUGCCGGCCCUACCCGGGCGGCGGCCCCGCGGUGAUGGAGCUGGUGGCGCAGAACGGCGCCAUCGUCGACGCCUGCCGGAGCAACGGCUACGACUUCAAGAUCUACUUCCGGCGCUACCACACCGAGGCGGACUGGGCGCGCCACUUCGGCGCUAAGUGGGCCCAUUUCGUCGAGCGCAAGGCCCGCUACGACACGCUGGCGAUCCUCGCGCCGGGCCAGAAGAUCUUCGCCAGGACACCUUCGUCGUCACGGGUCGAUCGAUCGUAGCUGUUGUUGGCCGUGAUGAUGGCGGUGGUGAUGAUGAUGAUGAUGAUGAUGAAGAUCUCGAUCGACAAGGGAUAAUGAUGAUGAUGAUGAUAGAGUCAUUAUUCAUUAGGCACAUUGGGGGACAAAAGGGCUCCAUGGAUGUUGUCAGGGGACUGUGAUAGGGAAGGGUUGCAAAGAAAACGAAACAUGCGAACUUUUCUUCAUCAGGACACCCGUCCCCUAAUUAGAAAUUCAACUAAGUAAAUUAGUUCAUGGAAGCGUGCAUCAAGCCGUGAGCUCUAAUCCUCUUGCAGAAUAGUGUCUCACGAGAGCGACUCCUGCCCCACGCAUCUCUUUGUUAUUCCUUGGAAAUUUCUUACAUCAUCAUCCCACACGCUU